GUCCUGACGGUGAGUGGCACCUCCUCCGCCCACUGCCGGGCAGAGGGAGUGCUGCUGCGGGCAGGACACACUGAAACUUCCAGUUGUCAGGACAUUAGCUCAUGUUUUAUCGACCGUCUAGGUAGAUGAGCUAGCUACACAUCUAGUAAAGGAUUUCUGGUGUAUUUAUUAUUAUUUUUAUUUUAUUUUUUAUUUUUUUCCUACAUUGUUUUAAAUCCCAAUGGCUGAAGCCCGGCUGCGUGAAGAGGGGGAAGAGGGUGAACGUCGCGUCCGGAACAGAAGCCACCCAACAGAUCAUCCUGAAAGAACAAAGCCAGACCAUUUACAUUUAAGCCAAGGGCCUCUGUCUUCUAUACGAGCUGCUAUCAAACGAACAAGAACAAACUCUCAGAGUGACCACACCAGAGAAAGAAGGCGACCAGAGAUUACCAUCGUCUCAGCAGAACCUCUGGACAGAAGGAACUGGUUGUCAGGAACCUCUGGGGUUUUCCCUCGUCCUCCUCAGUCGGGCUGGUCUGCAGGCAUCCAGGCUGUUUCCCAGCCCCCACCAUCCUAUGACCAGGUGAUUCAAGAGAAGACCCAGGAAGAGCACAUUGUCAAGCCCACUGCAGCCCCCCGCCGGGCCACCUGCACCACCACAAGUGCCACGCAGACUGAUCCUGUUCGGAACGACACCUCUACCCCGGUCCCACAGUGCAGUGCUGCUCCACAGUCAGCAGUGAAAAGACCUGCAGGUAAAAAGCCACAAAAACCACCUAGGCCAUCACUGCCGAAACCAGUUGACAGAGAACCAGUCACUAAAGCUGUUGCACCCGCUGACGAGAAGGUUGGAACAAAAACUGCAGGAUCCACAAACACUGAGGACCAAAGUGACUCUAAGCCAGGUGUAAAGCAAACCAACCGAGCGGAUUCCCCUCCCACCUGCAGCAGAUCUGUCACUGUGCACUGGGAUUUUCCUACAAAGCAUCUCACUGCCACUGCUGAAACCACUCGCUCUUCCCCAGACUCGGAACACGGUCAACGCCCCGUUCCACUUCCUCGUACAAAAUCCCGAAAGCAGACGAUCACAGAAGUGGUCAAAGUUCAGACUUUGGUUGAGCUCAGUGAAGAUUGUGACAGCAUUUGCUCUGACCCAGAAGUGGUCUCCUCGAAUGAGUAUUUAAAGGAGUUAUUGGAGGCCUUUAGUGCAGAUAACGAGUGUGAGGAGAACGGCGACAUUGUUGAUCAAUCAGACGAGGCUUUACAAGGUGAGGAUGCUGGUGACGAGAUGAACCCCAACCACAGUCAACGCAAUAUCCUGGCCCGGAUCCAGGCCUUUGAGACCCAGACUAGCACCGAGGAGGGAAACGCGGUUCAACCAGCCAAAUCAAAACCUCUAAUUAGGAAGGUGACCAUCAAACCUCCAGUUGCUGCUAAACCUUCUGUAGCUCUUAGACCUCAGUUAAACCACAGUGUAGAUAAUGACUAUCAAAACGUAUCAACCACAAACAUCCCACCAAGCCCUACAACAGCCCCCAGACCUCAGCCCCCGAAGAAACCUGCUGAGCUAUCUUUACAAGGGGAACUGAAGACGUUACUCAACAAGACGGCCAACCUGAACAGAUCACGUCCUUCUGUAUUGACCAGACCCAACAGCAUCUUUGAAGAGGACACUCCACCAGUUCCCCCUACACCUCCAGAGAAGACUUUUAAGGAACCUCUGAAACCCAACCUUAAUAUAAACAACCACAACUCAGUCUCCGUGGUCAGGCACGAGUAUGCAGAGAGUUCAUCCAGUCACAUCCCGAGCAAGCCUCAGCAUAAUGUGGACAGCAAUGGAGACCUUGUCGCCUGUAGAAUAACACGGAGACCAACCACCAUCAGGGUCCCCAGCAAAACUGGUUCAUUGUCAGAUCCUUUUCAGGACAGUCCCCCUCCGCUCCCUGCUCAGAGACCCAUAGGCUCCCUAAACACCUCGGUGAAGCCCAGACAGGCGCCCUCCCUCUCCCGCCAGGACUCUUUCCAGUUUGCGCCAGAGCCAUCACUACCACCUCGGAGGCAGAUGUCCCUUCCACCCCGCCCACCGUCAGGCAAAAUAAGCCCAGGAAGACCUCCCCCACCUAGCAUUCAGCGCACAGGUCGAUCCCAGUCAGUAUCGUUGGAAGCUUCACCUAAACCCCAGGCACAGAAGCCCCACAGGAAAGGACCGGUCUUACCUCCAAGGCCCAACCCAGGCCACCGUCUUUACAACCAGUACACUCUUCAAAUUCCUCAUGGGAUUGCUGCCUCCAACUACAACGGGAGUAAUACAGGAGAACUGUCAUUUCAGAAAAAUGAAGUGCUUCUGCUGCUAGAGGAGAUUGACAACAAUACGUUUGAGUGUCAAGUUGGAGAAGCCAGAGGCAGAGUCCACAAAUCUCGCAUGAUGGUCAUCAAUCCUCUUUCCUCCGUCUCACACAUCUCCCAGCCACAGGGUGCCAGUCCAGCUGGUGGAGCUGGUUCUGAGCUUAAGGUGCAGGCCAUACAUGACUUCAAUCCAGAGGGUCCAGGAGAGCUGGCUCUGCGAGCAGGAGAUGUUGUGACCAUGGUGGAGCAGUUGGACAGUGAGUGGUACACAGGCACUUGUAGGGGAUCUACUGGUUUCUUUCCCAUCAAUUAUGUCAAAGCCCUGUCAAAUUCACCCAAACCCCUCCCUGAACGGAAAGCGAGGCCACCACCUGCAACAGCCAGUGGUCCGAGAUGUGUAGCGAGGUUCGACUUUGAGGCGGAGAACAGCGAUGAGCUGUCGUUCUCUGAGGGGGAUGUGAUCCAGCUCAAGGCGUUAGUUGGACAGGACUGGGCUCGGGGACAGCUCGGCGUCUCGACUGGUAUUUUCCCUCUUAACUUUGUAGAUGUCAUUGAAGAUCUGCCUGCGCCCUCAAGUCAGCAGAAAAGACAGUCCAUCAGCAUACCAAUGCCUGGCAUGGCUACUUCUCCGAGUACACACCCUGAAGUUUCCAAACCUGCUCCGGUGUCGCAGUCCGAUGUGGAGUGGGUGGUGGCUCAGUAUGACUAUGCGGGGAAUUCAGACGAUGACUUGUCGUUUCAACAGGGCGACUGUAUCCUGAUCAGACAGCAUUUGGAUGCUGAGUGGAGCUGCGGCCGGCUCAACGGCAGAGAGGGCAUGUUCCCCAGGGCGUUUGUUGAGAGCACCAAAGGCCAGCUGUCGUGUGACAGGCUGCCGAUUCAGGCUGCUGCUCCUGCUGCUAGAGGCAGGGCUCUGUACAACUUCACGUCAGACUGUGAGGAGGAGCUCUCUCUGCAGGUUGGGGAUAUUAUAACCGAUCUGGAGUCUGUUGACGAUGAAUGGUUCCUUGGUGACUUGAGAGGGAAACGGGCCAUGGUCCCUAAAAACUAUGUGAAAGUGCUGAAAUAACGUCAUGUGG